AUGCAACCAGCGGGCUCCUGCGGCCUGGAGUCCUCAUUGAGGGCGCUGUGCGAGGCGGCCGGCGACCGGGACCGGGGGGUGAGGGCGCAGGUGGUCCUUUCCCUGCGGGAGUUGGGGGGCCGCCGCCCGGAGCCGGUGCUGGCCGCCUGCCACGACUACCUGGGCCGGCGGGGCCGGCUGGAGGACGAGCACCGGGCCGCCGUGCUGCGCGGCAUGGCCGACGUGGCCAGGGAGGCCGGGCAGCGGGUGGGCGAGCUGCUGGCCAGGAAGGUGGCGGCGGCCGCCCGCCAGGAGCUGUCCGGGCCGGAGGAGGCGCUGCGGGGCGCCUCCCUGGAGGCCCUGGGCGACCUGCUGGCGGCCCUCGGCCGCACCUUCGCCCAGGAAGUGCUGGAGGAGCUGCAGCAGGGCCUUGGGUCCCCCGAACUCCCCGCCCUGCGGGCCCUUGCCCGCCUGGUCGAGGGCAACCCCCGUGGUACGGUGGCCCAGCUGCCUGGCAUCCUGGAGGCCGCCCUGCCCUUGCUGAGCCGGGCGCAGAACGACCGGGCGAAGGCAGCCCUGGCCUCGGCCCUGGGCUCCUUCAGCCGCGGCAUCCUGGCCUGCCAGAGCGAGCCGACCGAGUCCGCGCCUGGGAAAGAGGCCUUCGCCAAGGAGAUGGAGGCUGCCUACCAGGUCCUCUUCCACGACUGGCUGCCGCGCAGGGACGCCGGCCUCCGCCGCGAGGUCUUGUCGGCGCUGGGGGAUGUGGUGCGCCUGCUCCCUCCCGACCGGCUGCGGGAAGAGUUGCCAGCGCUGCUGCCGGCCCUGCUGGCCUGCUACCGGCGGCAGGCCGAGGCCCAGGCCGUCACCCGCUGCCUGGGCCGCGUGCUGGAGGCCGCCGUGGCGCUCGGGCACGAGGCCCUAGAGCACCAGGCCGAGGCCCUCCUGCCGCCCCUCCACCGCCAGGCCUGUGGGGCCUCCGGGCCCAGCGCUGAGCUGCUCAGCUGCUUCGCCACCCUGGCCCAAGCCUCGCCAAGUCAGCUGCUGGGAUUCCUGAGCCGACAGACAGCGGGUAGCGAGAGGGGCCGGCUGGGGGCCCUGGUCGUGUUACGGCACCUACUGGGCUCCCGCCUGGGCCAGCUGCAGAGCAGACGCCCGGCCCUCUUCUCCAGCCUGAGGCCUGCACUGUCAGAUUCCAGCAGGCGGGUCCAGAGGGCUGCCCUGGAGGUGGUGGAGGGUCUGGUCACCGGCGGUUACCUGGAGGGGGAGGUGAGAGAGCAGGGGGAAAGGGAGGGCAGGGAGGCAGUGCUAGAGUUUGUGGUGUCUCAGUGCGGGCCGGCCGAAGCCGAGGAGACCGAGCUGAGGGCCCGGGCUGAGGAGGUGCUGGGCCGGGCCGUGGCGAACGAAGGCCUGGAGCGGCUGCUGUGGCCGUCGCUCCUGGCCUACGUCACCCCGGUGCGGUACACGGGCGCUCUGGCCCCCCUCUGCCGGGCGCUCGGCCUCCUCUGCAGCAGGAGGUGCCAGGCCGGCCCCGAGGCCCUGACUCUCCAGGCCGGGACUGGCCUGCCCACCGCGCAGGCCCUGCUGGUCCGCCUGCUGGCUGCCGCCUCCCUGCCCCACGAGGGCGGCGGGCGGGGAGCCCCGGCCCUGAGGCUGCUGCUGGUCCUCGGCCCCGCCCUUCACCCGGCCCUGGAGCGGUCCUGGCGUGCGGAGCUACCCGACCUGGCGGGCUUCCUGGAGCGCACCCCCGGGGACACCUUCCCGCAGCAGCAGUGGGAGAAGAGCCUGCUGCUCCUUCUCUUCAAGAGCGCGGAGGCGGUGGCCGACGCCAGCUGGAGCCACCGGCUGGCCGAAGAGCUGGCCACCCUCAUCGGGGCCUGGCAGGCGGCUCCAGCCUCCCCGGCCCUCCGCACCCUGGCGCCCAAGGAGAGGCAGUUCCUCUUCAAGUGCGUGGGCAUCGUGCUCCAACACAGCGGCUCCGCAGAGCUCAUCGACCGCCACCUCCGGCAGAUGCUCCACAGCGUGCAGCCCGGCGAGCCGGCGGAGAGGGAGGGCGCGGCGAUCGGCGUGGGCCUGUGCGCCAUGGCCCACCUGGACGAGACCCUGGCCCGGCUGGAGGACUUGGCCAGGCCCGAGGCCUCGAAGAAGACGACCAGCUUCUUUGGGGCGCUGAUGGAGCGGCUGGAUGGCGACGCGGAGAAGACGAAGGGCACCCUCAUUCUCUGCUACGGCUACGCGGCCCUCUACGCCCCCGGGCACCUCCUAUUGUCCAGGCUGGAGAGCGGCAUCUUGCAGGCCAUUCUCAGCCUCUCCAACACCAGGCUGCUGGGGAUCAAGGUCGAGAGCAAGGACCCGACCGUCCGGCUCAGUUUCGUCCAGGCCGUCACGCUGGUGGCGAAGGCCCUGCUCGCCAGCAGGCACCGGCACACCUACCACUUGGCCAAGAAGGGCGAACUGCUGGCCGCCAUGCAGGGCAUCAUCCGGGCCGAGUCCCAGGCGCCACUGAGGACCCCCAUGCGGCAGCUGGCCCUGGCCGCCUGCGCCCAGCUGCUGAAGCUGGGGCCGCCCCUCAACAAGGCCUACGUGACCGAGCUGAUCAAGACCGGCCUGGACAGCGUGCUGGGGCUGCCGCCGGAGGAGGAGGGCGCGCGGGAAGAGGACGGCGCUCGGCAGGGCCUGUACGGCGAGGCCCUGGCCGCCCUCCAGGGGCUGCUCGACGAGAUUCUCCUCCAGGACCUCAGCCCCGAGGGGCUCUGGGCCAUCUUCAAGCACACGGAGGCCUGGCUCGCUUCUGCCAAGGACCACGAGAGGGAGCGGGCAGUGGGCGUCGCCCGCAGGCUGACAGCGCUCUACCUGAAGGAGACGGGCGCGCAGGCCGGGACGGAGUUCGGGCACCUGGGGGCCAUGGUGGGGCGCCUGACUCCCCGCUGCGCCGACCCGGUGCUCGGGCUCCGGGGCCAGGCGCUGGCCAGCGUCUGCGCCCUCUUCGACGUUCACCUUCGGCACCGGGGCCUGGGCGAGGGCCGGCCCGACGAGCCGCUGGAGCGGCUGCGGGCCUGGGGGGACCAGCUCGACCGGUGCGACCACCAGCGGCUCCUGCAGGCCCUCGCCGACCUGGCCGCGGCCCUCUCCCGACACCUCCCCCGCGGCCAGGUUGCCCCGCUUCUCUUCGCCCUCUUCGAGGGGCUGGACGAGCCCUUCCCCAGCUGCUCGGGCGCCGCCGCCUUCGUCAUGAACACCGUGGCCCUGUCUUGUGGCCCAGCCUUGCGGGGCCGCGGGGCCGAGAUCCUGCGGGCCCUCGCCGUCCGCCUCCAGUGGAGCGCCUCCGACCAAAUCAGGCUGUCCGUCAUCCGCUUCAUCAUGCUGCUGGCCGCGCAGAACACGGCCGAGAUGGUCCCCUGCCUUCUCGCCUCUCCGCUCCCCCUCGACCGAAACACCCAGGACAUCUGGAGCUCGCUGGGCGGCGAGACCCCGCUGGCCACGGCCGCCAUGGAACUGCUGCUGGAAGCCCUGGGCCCCGGGGAGAAGACGGGGACCCCGCCGCCCGCCCGGAAGCUGGGCCCCUGCUCGGCCUUGGAUCCCCUGUCGGCGGUCUGCGCCCUGCGAGCGAUGCUAUCCAACCCGGACUCGGCUGAGGCGGCGUCGGCGCUCUACCCCCGCCUGCUCGGCUCCCUGCUGCUCCAGCUCAACGCCGGCGGCGGGGCGGAGGCGGCGGCGGGCGACGCCCGCGCCCAGGCGGCCGAGGCCCUGCGGGCGGCACUGACGGCCGGCGGCACGGCGGGAGUGGCGGACGGCCUGCGGGAGAGCGGCGGCUGGGCGAAGCUGAGGAGCGCCGACGGACAGCCCGAGGGCGCCGCCCUCCUGGCCCGCGCCAUGGCCGCCCACGCCCGGCCCAGGCUGGUCGCCGUCGCCCACCGGCUGGCCGGAGCCCUGCCCGGGGCCUCCGGCUCCCAAAGGGCCGCCCUGACCUCCUUCCUGGGAGAGCUGCUGGCCCAGCCCGCUGCCACCGAGCUCCACCUCACAGACACUCUGGUGGCCUGCCUGCUGGGCCUCCUUCGGGACCCCGUGCCCCACGUCCGCCUGCUCUCCAUCCGCGGCCUGGCCAACCUGGCGGACGGGGACCCGCGGCAGGUGGGGCCCUACUGCUCGCAGCUGCUGGCGGCCCUGGUGGAGGGAGCGGGCGACCCCGACGACCCGCAGGACUUGGUCAAACUGGAAUCCCUGGCGGGCCUUGCCCGGCUCUUGCCCCUUCUCCCGGAGGGCAGCGCCGUGGCUCAGCUGGGCUCCAUCGCCGCCGCCCUGCAGCCCCUCUUCGAGGAGCAGAGCGGGCGGGUGAGGGCCGAGGCCUUCAGUCUCUUCGGCGGCCUGUCCCGCUUCGGCGGCGGCGAGCUGGGCCACGUGUACGCCGAGCAGGUCCGCGCCAGCCUGGUCAGCCUCGCCCUGCACGCCCACGACGACGAGCCCGGGGUGUCGCGGGCCUGCAGGUGGGCCCUGGGACAGGCCUGGCCCCUGCUGGACUCCGAGGGGCUCUCGGCUCUCCUGCUGCCCGCAGGCGCCCCGCCGGACUAUUGGGACUUCCUCCGCCGCCUCUCCGAGGCGCUGGUGGCCGACCUCCCGGCUCAGAUCGACGGCUACCUGGCGGCGGGCAUCGCGUUCUUCCAGAGCCUCCUGCCUCAGAUGCGGGGCAAUGCCGUGGCCUUCGUCGCCUCCCUGCUGCGCCAGCUGCCCCGCCGGUACCGCCAAUCCGUCCCCAGCGGCAACGCCUGCGCCGACAUCAUCGCCCUUCUGCAGGAUCCGGUGGCCAGUGUCCGCGCCGCCACGGCCAAAGCGCUCGCCCUUCUACACUGA